CCCGGGUAUCAGGCAGGGAGGAUCUAGCGGGCAGAGGAGACUGGACCAAGCACAUGGCGUCUCAGUGGCAGGGCAUGACGGCCUCGGUGCGCAGACGAUCGCUCCUAAAGGAGGAACAUCUAGAGAAGGGGGUGACCCGGUCUGCUGAGGGCCAUCUGGGCUCCCUGUGCAGACAGUUUCAAAGGAGGCUGCCACUGAGAGCCGUCAGCCUCAACCUGGGGACUGGCCCCUCCUGGAAACGCCUGGAAACCUCAGAACCAGAGCAGCAGGGUCUUCAGGGUGCAGCUCGCUCAGCCAAAUGCGCCUUGGGUGCUAUGUCCCAGAGAAUCCAGGAGUCGUGCCAAAGCGGCACCAAGUGGCUGAUGGGAACACAGGUGAAAGUGAGGAGAAAACGAGAAGCCCAGAAGGACCGUGGGUCCUCACCACCCAGUCUGAACCAGAAGAACACUCGGCUAUGCAGGGCCAACCGGGAUGCCAGAGUUGGGGGAAAUCCUCGCCUCUCUGGCCAGAUGGGUUCACACGGCCAUCGACGCCAGCGGCUAAGGAGGGAGGCUGCCCUCCGGAGCCCCUGCUCCUCCACAGAACCUCUCUGCUCUCCCAGUGAGUCUGACAGUGACCUAGAGCCUGUGGGAGCUGGAAUCCAGCAUCUUCAGAAGCUGUCCCAAAAGCUGGACAAAGCCAUCAAGGCUGAAGAGAGUGGUGACAUGACUGUCUCCCUUAUCUGUGAAUGAGGACAACAAGCAUCCUACAGGAAACAGGCCCUGUCCAGCCAUCAAGCCACCAGAAUGUCUGUGCCACCCACCCCAUGAACUUCCAGGAGGAGGUGCAGUUGGGCUCAUCAGCAUCCCCAGACCACUGCUAACAAGCACUUGACUAACAUGGGAUCCAGAAUCCUUCUAUUUCAACCAUAUCUGGGCCCGUUGGUAACCACUGGCCACAGCCUGAGUGAUGCAGGAAGACCUUGAAAAGGUGGUGAGAACUGCCCAUGCUCUCCUGGGGACUCAUAGGCAACCUGCUCUCCAGCCUCACAGUGGCCCAUCCAUAUUAGGAAUGUUCCUGAAGAUGCUAGGUGGUUCUGAGCCUCGUAACUAGGACCAAGACCCUGCAGGAGUCAUCCCAUGAAAGCACCCCCUUUAUUCCCAGUGCAGAGAUUCUUGGGGAUCCACUUUUAUCCCCGUUCCCACAGGGCUCCACGGGAAGAAAGGAGAUAUUGGUAAACUGUGCAAGCCUGAGCUCUUGAGGCCUACCUAUCAGCUCAGUGUGGGGCACUGUGGGCGUGCUGGGAGGGGAACACUGGUCGAGACCAGUUUCUGCUCUUUGUAAAUUACU